AUGCUGCUCCGUUCAUUGUUCCGUACUGCGUCAAAUGCAUGUGCGUCGCCGUUAGUAGCUGCUACUAGCCUCAAGACCGGCAUUACGCAAAUAUCUCACUUUUCGGACGCUCGGACGAUGCACGGUACAACGAUCCUGUGCGUCCGAAAAGGUGGCAAAGUGUGUUUAAUUGGUGACGGUCAAGUAUCACUAGGACAUACUGUGGUUAAAGCCAAUGCAAAGAAAGUUCGACGGAUUGGAGAGCACAUUGUUGCAGGUUUUGCUGGCUCCACGGCCGAUGCUUUUACGCUCAUGGAGCGUCUUGAAGCCAAAUUGGAUGAAUAUCCGGGUCAACUCACUCGCUCGUGUGUUGAGUUGGCUAAAGACUGGCGUACGGACAAGUAUUUACGUCGUCUAGAAGCUAUUCUUAUUGUUUCGGACCUGAAGCAAUCGUACACGUUGACGGGUAAUGGAGAUGUGCUGGAGCCCAAUGACGGGAUCAUUGGCAUUGGCUCGGGAGGCACCUAUGCUCUUGCGGCUGCUCGUGCACUUAUUGACCAAGAUCUGGACGCGGAGACGAUUGCUCGCAAAUCGAUGCAGAUUGCUGCUGAUAUCUGCGUUUACACGAAUGGGAAUGUUGUGGUAGAGAUGUUGGAGAAAGGGAAGGAUGAUGGUGAAAAAGACAAGGAGAACAAGAAGUAG